GUGGGGGCAUGCCCACCGCUCAGUUCAGUGCCGGAUACCCUCUUGAUCGGAAGGUCAGUCCGCGAGUACUUCCAUCCAUCUUCCUACACGAUCUUCUUCUUCGUAGAUCUUCGCAUGUAGCCGCCCGUGUCUUAGGAUAUCCUCCACGAGGCUCUCAAGCUACAGUCUACAAUGGAUUCUCGGACCAGAAGAAAGUGAAACCCUCCCUGAAGCUCAGCGUUUGCCUGGAAACUUCUCCCUCAGAACUCACAGACCCUGAAAUCGACUCUGAUCUGCCGAUUCGAGGGGAGAGCUAUUGGUUGUAUAAGAGGUCAUUUAAUAAAAUAGAGUGA